UCUGCAUCGCGCCACUCUUCCCCCUCAUUUCCAUCCCAGACGCUGGCUUCUCUCAGGAGAGCCCCUCUCUCCAUUUGAAAUGCCAAUCACCGCUGGCCGUACCUUCAUCCUCGAUCACACAGCGAGAGCGCUGGGCACCGAGGAGAUUUCCCGCUCUUCCUACUCCAGCUGACUGAAGUUGCUGUGACGGAGAGAAAGAGCGGCAUCUGGAUGACUCCGGGAAUUUGGGUUUUUGUCUUUUUAUCUGAGUACAGCAGCAAGCUUGGGACUUGUGAAUUCUUUGGGAUUUUUUUUCUGAUGCCUUCUUCUUCUUCUUCUUCUUCUUCUUCUUUUAACCUCUGGACUAAUCGCUAAUCUAGUAUCAUCAUGUAAUCAGAGUGGAGGGAACUUCACUUCCUUUGCCCUCUGUUUCUGUUUCCUCGAACAUCCUUCGCUUGGCACCGGACUGCUGCCCUGCUUCUCUGGCACAGCUGCGAAUCGCCCAGGAAAAGGAAAGAGGAAAGAGAGGAAAGAGGAGACAAACGACGAAGGAUAGGAAUAAGAAGCAAAAGAAGGAAGGUAGGGGACGAAGGGUAGUGUACGUGCUGUGCUACUGUUUUUUUUUUUUGCAAAUUCUGCAAAGCUGACUUACCACAGCUUUUCCAGCUUUGUGUCCCGUCUUGUUCCAUUUGUUCCAAGGAUAUUUACUGACUUUGCAAACCAAAGGAAGGUGUAAAAACCAAAGGAUUUCCUCGGACUAACCUUCUCAGACUAUGUGUUUCAUGUUGCUGCUGAGAUGCUGAGAUGGAGAUGGCAGGCGUGAGCACUUCUUCUCCUCCUUGCUUAUCUGCCGGAGAAAGCCGCAAGCCGGCCGGCUGUUGCUGAGCUAGGCCUCCCCCCUCCCUCCCGAGGAAGCAUCCUCCUCCUCCCCCUUAUCAUCGCCUUCAAACAAGAUGAACUCAACAACUGAGCUUAACCAGAGCGUCGUGACCUUCUGUCUCCUGGACGUUGGCUACUCUCAGAUCUUCAACACCUGCCUGCUGGAAGUUGCUGUCAUCCUCUUCCUCACAGUGCUCAUCAUCUCCGGAAACCUGGUGGUGAUUUUUGUCUUUCACUGCGCCCCGUUGCUCAGCCACCACACCACCAGCUCCUUUAUACAGACUAUGGCGUACGCAGACCUGCUGGUAGGUGUCAGCUGCCUCAUUCCGUCCUUGUCUCUUCUGCACCACAUGGAAGGUCUGGACGAGAGACUUACCUGCACGAUCUUUGGGUACAUGGUUUGCGUCCUAAAGAGCGUCUCCAUGGCCUCGCUGGCUUGUGUCAGCGUGGACAGAUAUGUGGCAAUCACUCGACCGUUGUCCUACACAGCGCUGGUGACGCCUUGCCGCUUGCGAGCUUGCAUUGUUCUCAUAUGGAUUUAUUCUGCCCUCAUCUUCCUUCCCUCGUUUCUUGACUGGGGGAAGCCGGGGUAUCACGGCGAUGUGGUCAAGUGGUGCUCGACUUCCUGGAACACCAAGCCAGUUUUCACUGCCUUCAUCGUGGCAGCGCUGUACGCUCCUGCGGCUCUUACCGUGUGCUUCACGUAUGCCCACAUCUUCCGCAUCUGUCGACAGCACACCCGGCAGAUCAGCGAGAGACGGGCACGUUUUGGACCACAGGAAACUGAACCCGGUGAACCGGCUUGCCCAGACAAGCGUUACGCCACCGUGCUCUUCCGAAUCACCAGUGUCUUCUACCUGCUGUGGCUCCCGUACAUCAUUUACUUCCUCCUGGAGAGCGCCCGGAUAUACAGUCACCCUGCCGCCUCCUUUCUGACCACGUGGCUGGCCAUCAGCAACAGCUUCUGCAACUGCCUCAUCUACAGCCUGUCCAACAGCGCCUUCCGCAAAGGCCUCAAGCGCCUUUGUCUUCUUUGCCUACAGCGUUCGGACACCGCCAAGAAGCCCCUCGGAGCUCCGCCGGCUCCUGCACGGCCGACUUGUCACGUUUAGUGCCCUCUGGGGACUGGAGAGCGUAUUGUGUCCGUGUCUCGGCGGCAAAGUCUCGGUAUGGAAAGGGACUUGCUUUGGCAUCUGGGCAGCGGCCCAGUUCUUGUCCCUUUCGGAGGGUUUCAGACAAGACCGGGUCAAGACCAUUGAUGUCCGUUUGUCUACGUGAGAUGUAGCAAGCAAGCAAGCCAGUCCUUGACGCAAAGGAGUGACCCAUGACCCCAGCCAUCAACGGAUGGGAUGACGAUGACUGGGUGGAAGUUGUUGCUGUGAGCAACUCGAAUUGGGUUCAGAUAAACAGCCUGUAGCAAAAACGAUGGUAUUGAUGGAAGGAAUUGAGGAUGAUGGAAGAUGACGUUGAGAAAUCAUAGUGUCCUUGUGUUAUUUAAAAAAAAGAAAAGUCUCUUUGUUAAUGCAAAGAAAAGAUGUCUACUCUUAGGUUAUCCAAAUGCUUGAACAAAAUGUAUCAAAUCUUAGCCAGCUGGUCUGUGGAUGUGUUUUAUCCCCACUGGUUCCCAUAACUUUGAUGGAUUUUUGCCUUUACGCCUUUAUGUUGUUUCUCGUCAUGCCAGAGGAUGCUAGUGACAAUUAUCAAACUUAAAACACUUAUUUUAGAGAAAUGUAGCAUUAGCAUCAUUUGCUAUUUCGGUUCAUCCAGGCUCCUCCAAACAACAAAAUCUUAAAAUUGUGCUUCACUUAAACGUUACUUACCAGAGUUUAGUAGUAUCAGCAGUUUUUAAGAAGUGCUUGUUAACACCAAUGACGUUUUAAUGUUUAGCAAUGUACAAUGUACCAGCACUCUUCUUUUGAUUUUUACUUCCAGGACCUACUUUGACUCCUAGAACCUUUUUGGGACUUAUUCUAUAUUCAAAUAUUCUAUCUCACCCCCACUCAAAGACGGUAAUUCUCUCUCUCUCUCUCUCUAUGGUGAAUCAAGCUUUUUGUAUUUUAAAAAAGAAAAUUUCCAAGCCACGUUUCCAAGCUCUUCACGUAGAAGGAUUGCAUAACGUUGCCUGUAGUCAGAGGACAAACCGUAUGAGAGGGUCACCAGACAAACGAGCUGUUCUUCCUCCAGAUUGUACCAGAGAUGCACUUUCUGCUGGUGUUUCUUGCACGUCUUCUUCGUCUGUUUGUCCUGUAGACCUGGCUGAUGUGGAAGAGUGAUUUAGCUGGAGUAGAGUCGAGGGAAUUGCCUUCAGAAAGAUGACCAACAUAAAGUGAAGAUCCUUUUUAAAAACAAGUUUUCUGAACAUUAGAAAACCACUUGUUUUUUUGCCUACAGUUCUGUUUGAUUAGGGGUGGGUGAUAUGUAGAGCUGCAACGAUUAGUCGAUAUAAUCAACAAUGAUGAUUAUUUGAAUUUGUCUCUACAAAUUUAAUUGUCGAUUAAUCAUUAACAUGUAACAGUAUUGCAUUACACAAAGUGCUGGGGACAGAAACGCAAUGGGAGAUAAAGGAUAAGUGUCUCACUCACGCAGGUUAUACUCAAUUUAAUGUUCAGCUGUUUCUAUCACUUAUACAGAUGGAGGAGAUGGCAGAAAUAAUACUAAUAAAAAAAAAUAGUAUUCAUUAGAUUAGACAACUACCAAAAUAAUCAUUAGUUGCAGCCCUAGUUAUAUGGUAAAAAAAAAAAUAAUAAUAAUAAUAAUAAUAAUGUAUUAGGAUAUUUAAGAACUAAUUAGAUCUUUAAAACAAACAAAAAAAACACCAUAAAAAUACGAUUCCAAAAUUAUACUUAAAGUAAUUUUAAUUUUUAAAAAAGUCCUAUCACUGUCCUUCAGCCAGUUUAAAAAGUAGCCUCUGGCACAUAUUUGCAAUUUUUUAACCACUUUAUUGCUUUAUUAUUAUUAUUUUUUUAUCUCUGUUAUUUGGAAUAUUAAGAAUGGUAGCUGUCAUAUUAACAGCUACCAUUUAAAAGUUGAGCUCCGAUACAUUAACAGUUGUUUAAAUAGUUGCUUUUAUUUUAUAUUCAGUAACUAAUUCAAUGUUGAUUGAAGUACUGUAUACAUUUAUAUCAAGUUUUUAAGUUAAACAUUAUUCUUGAUGUGUCUAAGAGUAAAAAGUAACACAAUAUCGUCGCUGUCCAAUUAAAAAAAAGCAAGUAUUAGAGUAUUAAGUCUAGUACUUGGCUAAAAUGUUAUUUUAAUGGUUAAAAAAUGUUUUGAAGAUGUUGGACGUUUUUUAUUGGACAUCGACGAAUUAUGCCACAAUAUCAUCAUAUCGCCCACCUCUAGUCUUGAUUUGAGACUUAUUGCUAUGUUCUAGAUUAAGUAUUAAGUCUAGUACUUGGCUAAAAUUUAAUUUCAUUUCAUAAUGUUUUAAAGAUGUAUUGGAGAUGUUUUGGUGAUUUUUUAUUUUUUUAUUUUUGUACAUCGAUGAUAUAUUCUACAAUAUCAUCAUACCGCCCACCUCUAGUCUUGAUUUGAGACUUAAUACUAUGCACUAGAUAGGGUAUUAAGUCUAGUACUUGGCCAAUAUUUUCUUUUAAUGGUUAAAAAAUGUUUUGGAGAUGUUUUUGGUUUUUUAUUGGACAGUGAUGGUAUUCACUACAUUAUCAUCAUAUCGCCCAUCACUAAUCUUGAUUUGAGACUUAUUACUAUGUACUAGACUGAGUAUUAAGUCUAGUACUUGGCUAAAAUUUACUUUUAAUGGUUAAAAAUGUUUUGGAGAUGGUGGACAUGUUUUAUUUGUAUUUGACAUCGAUGAUAUCUACUACAAUGUCAUCAUAUCGCCCACCUCUAAUCUUGAUUUUAGAAUUAUUACUAUGUACUAGAUUGAGUUUUAAAUCUAGUACUUGUCAAAAAUGUUAUUUUAAUGGUGAAUAAUGUUUUGGAGAUGUUUUGGUGAUGUUGGACAUGUUUUUUUUAUGGACAUCGACGAUAUAUUCUACAAUAUCAUCAUAUCGCCCACCUCUAGUCUUGAUUUAAGAUGUAUUACUAUGUACUAAGAAAGAGUAUGCCUUUAUUGAUUGUGAAUUAUUGUAAUUUUCUCACUCUCUGUGAGUUUUUGACUGACGGUUUACUUGAUUUACUUGGUUUUUAUCUGGUUUACUCUAAACUUUAGCCUGCCAUGGGUUUGCCAAGGGGGUAAAUGGGUAUUUUUGGGUGGGUUCAGUCCAUUAAAACGUGGUUUAAUGGAGGAGGAAAGGUAGGGUGGGGUUGGGUGGGGUGUUCCAACAACAGCACUGUACGUUUUAAGCAUCCGUCUUAGAAGGAAACUGCACAGGGCGAGGUGGGUGAUGAUUACUAGUUUUUUACUACUUAUUUUGUUCUAAUACUCUUUAUUUGCAGCGUUUAGAGCUGCUCAAAGCAAUGCACAUACAUCUCUGGAAAAAAAUUAAAAGAGCAUUUCAGUUUCUGAAUCAGUUUCUCUGAUUUUGCUAUUUAUAGGUUUAUGUUUGAGUAAAAUGAACUUUGUUGUUUUAUUCUAUAAACUACAGACAACAUUUCUCCCAAAUUCCAAAUAAAAAUAUUCUCAUUUAGAGCAUUUAUUUGCAGAAAAUGAGAAAUGGCUGAAAUAACAAAAAAGAUUCAGAGCUUUCAGACCAAAUAAUGCAAAGCAAACAAGUUCAUAUUUAUAAAGUUUUAAGAGUUCAGAAAUCAGUAUUUGGUGGAAUAACCCUGUUUUUUAAUCACAGUUUUUUUCAUGCAUCUUGGCAUCAUGUUCUCCUCCAUCAGUCUUACACACUGCUUUUGGAUAACUUUAUGCUGCUUUAAUUUGGUAAAAUCAAAGAAACUCUUCAUUUUUAAGUGCUCUCUUAUUUUUAUUUUAUUUUAUUCCAGAGCUGUAGAUGGAAACGUUACAGAGUGCUGAGAUUUGUCCAGAUUCAGACUAAUCCUGACUUCACCUGUACAGUCAGGUGUACAGUAAGCUCUGUAGUCUUAAUAGUACUGAGGAGAAAGUUCUUACAGGGAGAACACCUGGUGAAAGAACAUCUACACUUGCGUUAAAAAUAAUUUAAAAAAACGUAAGCAAAAAUA